AUUCAAGUUCAAGUUUCACCACUCAAGUUAUUUAUAAAUGGCUGGACUUGUCAAGCUUGGACUAUGGGGUGGAAAUAACGGAAGUGCUCGUGAUAUCGAUGGCCGCCCUACACGCCUGGCAAAGAUUGUAAUUCGUGCUGGUGAUGCAAUCGAUUCUCUCGCAUUUGAGUACGUCCAAGACGGGAAGACAUUUACGGCUGGCCCGUGGGGCGGUUCUGGAGGAAAAUCCACCAUGAUUGAAUUUCAACCCGGCGAGUAUCUGAUUGCGAUAAAUGGCACCACCGGACCAUUAGGGGUCGUCUCCAAUUUGGUGAGGUCGCUCACUUUCAUCUCCAACGUUCGCACUUACGGGCCAUUCGGAAUUGAGCAUGGAACUCCCUUCUCCAUUCCUGUUGCCAACGGUCGCAUUGUUGCCUUUUAUGGACGCUCUGGCAUGAAUCUUGAUGCAAUCGGGAUUUACCUGCUGCCCAAUUGAUGUUUCAUUCUCAUGCUCAUCAUCUUCCUCGAGGACUAGGGGUUUAGUAUGGCCUCAUUUAUUACCAUCCUGCGUAACAUUUCAUAAAUAGAAGUUGAUGAGCUACUUUGUUUCUGAGAGAA